GAUCGAGUAUUCAACAAAAUUUAGAUCGAAGAAUAGAAAUUUCAAAAUCAUCAGAACUAAGGAAAAAAAAAAUGAGUUCGAAACUGAGUCCAGCAUUUGCAUACACAGUUGUAUAUGUGAAAGACGUAGCAAAAUCAGUAUCUUUUUAUGCAAACGCUUUUGGUUAUAAUGUCCGCCGGUUGGAUGAAUCUCACAGAUGGGGAGAAUUGGAGAGUGGGCAGACUACGAUAGCGUUUACACCAAAGCAUCAGCACGAGACAGAUGAUUUAACGGGAGAAGUUCAGGACACAAAGGCACAGAAAAGGGAGGCUGUUGAGGUGUGUUUUGCUUAUGAAGAUGUGGAUGCUGCUUUUAAGAGAGCAGUAGAGAAUGGGGCAAUACCAGUUCAUGAGCCUGAAGAGAAAGUUUGGGGACAAAAAGUUGGAUAUGUUCGUGAUAUUGAUGGAAUUGUUGUUCGGAUAGGGAGUCAUGUUAGGAACAACCCAACACCACCAUCUUCUUAAUUUAAAACUAGCUCUAAUUUUCUUUCUCUAUCUGUAUUUCUGAUCUGAUAUGAUCGCACUAGUAUCAAGAAAUGAUUAGUGGCAACAAAUAAUUAAGCUGUCUUUGUUUUGU